UUGGCAGGGUCGCUGGUGGCCGAGGCGGCCGGGCCGGGCCGCCCAGCCAGGCACCGGGAGGAGCCGCCAUGUUGCGCGGGAACCUGAAGCAAGUGCGCAUCGAGAAGAACCCGGCCCGCCUCAGGGCCUUGGAGGCGGCGGCCGCGGCGGCCGCGGCGGCGGUGGUGGCGGCCGCGGCGGCCGGCGGCGAUGGGGAGACCACGACCGCGACGGCGACGACGACGGCGGCCGCCAUGGCGCUGACCGUGAAGGCCGAGCCGGCGUCUCCCCCGCCCCCCGCGGCGGCCCCCGAGGAGCGCCCGGAGGAGGAGGCCGCCGCGGUGACCGUGGCGGCGGCGGCGCCGGCGCCGGCCCCACCGCCGGUCCCGGUCCCGGUCCCGGUCCCGGGCUUCACCAUCGACAUCAAGAGCUUCCUGAAGCCCGGCGAGAAGACCUACACCCAGCGCUGCCGCCUCUUCGUGGGGAACCUGCCCACCGACAUCACCGAGGAGGACUUCAAGCGCCUCUUCGAGCGCUACGGGGAGCCCAGCGAGGUCUUCAUCAACCGGGACCGCGGCUUCGGCUUCAUCCGCCUGGAAUCCCGAACACUGGCUGAAAUUGCAAAGGCAGAGCUUGAUGGCACUAUUUUGAAGAGCAGACCACUCCGAAUUCGCUUUGCUACACAUGGAGCUGCCUUAACUGUCAAGAACCUUUCACCUGUGGUUUCCAACGAGCUUCUAGAACAAGCGUUUUCUCAGUUCGGGCCAGUGGAGAAAGCUGUUGUUGUAGUGGAUGAUCGAGGUAGAGCGACAGGAAAAGGGUUUGUGGAGUUUGCGGCAAAACCUCCAGCACGGAAGGCUCUUGAAAGAUGUGGAGAUGGGGCAUUCUUGUUAACAACUACUCCUCGCCCAGUCAUUGUAGAACCCAUGGAGCAAUUUGAUGAUGAAGAUGGAUUACCAGAGAAAUUAAUGCAAAAAACCCAACAGUAUCACAAGGAGAGAGAGCAGCCGCCACGUUUUGCUCAGCCUGGGACAUUUGAAUUUGAGUAUGCAUCUCGAUGGAAAGCUCUUGAUGAGAUGGAAAAGCAACAGCGAGAGCAGGUUGACAGAAACAUCAGAGAAGCCAAAGAGAAACUAGAAGCAGAAAUGGAAGCAGCGAGACAUGAACAUCAGUUAAUGUUGAUGAGGCAAGAUCUGAUGAGGCGCCAAGAAGAACUGAGAAGAUUGGAAGAACUUAGAAAUCAGGAGCUACAGAAACGGAAGCAAAUACAGUUAAGACAUGAAGAAGAACACCGGCGUCGAGAAGAGGAGAUGAUACGUCACAGAGAACAGGAAGAAAUGAGACGGCAGCAAGAAGGAUUUAAACCUAACUAUAUGGAAAAUAGAGAACAGGAAAUGAGAAUGGGUGAUAUGGGUCCCCGUGGAGCAAUAAACAUGGGAGAUGCGUUUAGCCCAGCACCUGCUGGUAACCAAGGUCCUCCUCCAAUGAUGGGUAUGAAUAUGAACAACCGAGGAACUAUCCCAGGCCCACCUCUGGGUCCUGGUCCUGCCAUGGGGCCAGAUGGAGCUGCCAGUCUGGGAACGCCAAUGAUGCCAGAUAAUGGAGCCGUGCAUAAUGAUAGAUUCCCACAAGGACCACCAACACAGAUGGGUUCACCUAUGGGUAGUAGAACAGGCACUGAAACUCCUCAGCCUCCACUGAGUGGUGUGGGGCCCGUGAGUGGUGGGCCUGGUGGCUUUGGGAGAGGAAACCAAGGGGGCAACUUUGAAGGACCUAACAAGCGUCGCAGAUAUUAAAACUUCUUUCAUUCCUAGAUGUUAACGCCAACAAAUUCAGUGGGUAUGCCGUUAUAAUUUUACCUGUUGUUUGAGAGAAAUGGUUUUGUUAAUGUAGUCUUGAAAAAGAAUCUUUCUUUUGUAAGUUCCCCAGUUUUUGUAUCUUUCCUUUCGCCACAAGCCUUGUAGUUUAGAACAGAAACGAUGAGAGUCAUCAUUGUGAACGUCGAAUGUGUUUGUGACUUCAGCCAAGUUGAAAAAUGCCACCGUGCUGUAAACCGUGCAGUUAUCUGAUCACAAUAAAUAAAUCACUUUAAAGACUUUUGAAAUGUUCUUAGAGGUAUCUUUAUGGUUUUACUAACUUUGCUGUAACCGGUAACAUUGUGUGCGCUUUAACUUAGCAAGCCAGCUCUCUAAAUCCCAUGCCUUUUAGCUGUAACCCCGUGCAAAGAAGGGAGAGGAGGGCUAGACUAGCAUUUGAAAAAUACACAUUUUUUUUAUAUAAACCAUUCCCUGUUCUGUAAAAUGAAAGCUGUCAUUGUAUAGAGCAAAGUCAGAGUAGGGGUAUCAAGAAAAUACUUGUUCUGUGUUGAAUUUUCCAAAUAAACAUUCUGAUUCUUGGAAAAAAAAAGCUGUUUAUCAGAAGGUAAA